UUUCCAGUUGGGAGCGCACGGAGUCUUCGCAUCUGGAUCCGUGCUGUCCACGCCUACAGCACGGCCCGCUCCCUCCUCCCAGCCGCAGUAGCAGCAGCAGCAGCAGGAGCAGGAGCAGCCCGCACACUCGGUCGUGGGCUUUUUCUCAGCGGAGACCUGUCGUCUUCCCCCCUACUCACCUCCAACUUGUCAAGUCUAGCCUCUCUUUCCGUUCAAUGGCCGUCCGUGGCGUGAUUCGCACUCAGCAGCGCAAUAGUUAAUAAGUGCCGGAUGCGCCCUCACUCCAGCAGACCGCUACAGUACGAAGAUGGCGUCGGAGGGAGCCAGCGGAGAGCAGCCUCCUCCGGUACAAACACUGGCGACCGCCGUGCUGGGAAGUGUCGACGCGAAAUGUGAGUUCAACAUGGAUAAUCUGAGCAAGCCUGAGCUCCUCACCCUGCUGAGCAUCAUGGAGGGAGAGCUGGAGGCCCGAGAUCUGGUCAUAGAAGCUUUGAGGGCUCAGAGGAAGGAGGUGUUUCUUCAAGAGCGCUAUGGCCACUACAGCCUGACUGACCCCUUCCUGGCUCUUCAGAGGGACUUUGAGUGCGGGGUCCCUGGAGGGGACAAGGAACGACGGCCCCUGGGGUCCAGCCCCAUCUCUGUCUUGGAGGCAGUAAUGGCACACUGCAGGAAGAUGCAGGAACGUAUGUCCGCUCAGCUGGCUGCUGCCGAGAGCCGUCAGAAAAGGUUGGAGAUGGAGAAGCUGCAGCUCCAGAGUCUGGAGCAGGAUCACCGCAAGCUUACAGCGCAGUUGAAGGAUGAGCGUGAGAAGAACAAACACAUUGUCAUGAUGUUGGUGCGUGAGUGUAAGCAGCUUGCCACACGGGUAGUAGAGGAGUCCCAGCGCUUUGACGAGCUCCAGGCUCGCCUGGAUGAGGAUAGUCGCACCUCUGGUCGGCUGCAGGAGGAGCUGAGCACCGAGCGCCAGCGUAGCCAACAGAUGGAAGCCAAGAUGGAAAAGCAGCUGUCAGAGUUUGACACAGAGCGCGAACAGCUGCGUGCCAGACUGGGUCGCGAGGAGGCCGAGAGCCAGAGUCUGCGGCAGCAGGUGGAGCAGCUCAGGACUGAACGGGUUGAUGCAAAGGAAGGCGCUGGUGUUGCUCUGCCUGCUGUUACUGAGGCAGAACCUGCUGCCACCGCUAGCAUACCACCCAAACCUAAAGCUCUGACGUCUGUUUCUGUAGCCACAGAACCCAUCAGCUCUCGAACAGCAUCUUGCCAAACGGACCUGCCCCCCACUGAGGUGGAGGGUUCCAAGAAGACCCCCCUCACCAUACCUGUCAAACCAGCCCCUGCCAACUAUGUAGGCCUGAGCCUGCCAAAGACAACUGGCCGGGGCAUUGUCCACAGCAGCUCAGGAGGACUGACACAAUCAGAGAAUGGCUCAGAGGGCCAAGCCCCCCACGGCUUACCCAGCGGUGUAAGUCCCCGUGUCCAGGCGGCCCGCUACAAGUUCCAGGAACAGGACCAAAAUGGCACGGCGUCCCAGAGUCCUCCAGCCCGGGACCUCUCCCCCACCAACCGUGACAACUUUGCCGCCAAGCAGCAAGCUCGUCACACCGUCACACAGGUUCUCUCACGCUUCACCAGCCCUCCAGCCGGAGGGGCUGGACCCCUUCGCCCGGGCCUUCCCCACUCUGCCUCAGAGGGAGGCCCUUUCCCCAGUCGCUUGAGCCAUCCCAUUGGCCUCAAGUCUCCCACGGUGGCCAGGAUCGAUCGCGGAAAUCCUCCUCCUAUACCUCCCAAAAAGCCAGGGCUUUCCCAGACCCCCUCUCCUCCUCACCCACCAAUCAAGGUGGUGGGGGACAGCAGCCGCUCCGCUGGGGCUGGGCUAAAACCAGCCACACCCCAGCUGCCGCCCAAACCUGCCCUGGACCUGGUCCCAGCCCUGACGGCCUCUCAGGUGGGUGCCUGCCCCCCCUCCCGCUCCCUGGGGCCCGGCCGGUGCCCUCAGCGGCAACCAACAGCAGCAUGUGCAGAGCCCCCCCCAGUCAUCAGCCCUGCCACCACUGUCAGUAGCCCCUCCUCCAUAACCCCUCCCUCCACCUCCUUCUCCAUUAGUGCUCCAUCCUCCUGUAGUCCCAGUGUCUCACCAGGCAGCCCCCUGGCAACAGCAUCAGGCUGGUGUCCCUCCGUAGUCUCCUCUCUAAGCGGCGGUGGGCCUGCUGCCCUGGACGGCGGGCGCCCCCUGCUCCUUCAAGCUGCUUCCCAGGGAAAUGUCACUUUAUUGUCAAUGCUGCUUAACCAACCAGACCCGACCACCAACGCUACCACCACAUCCACCACCACCACCUCUACCGCCAUCAUCACCUCCACCACCGCCAUAGAGAAUAAGCCCAAUCAUCUUGACCAAGACCACCACCUCAGCCACAAUCAAACCUCUGCCUUGUUUGCUGCUGCUCAGAACGGACACACAGAGUGUGUGAAGCUACUGCUGUCUUCGGGAUGUCCUGCUGAUGUUUCAGAUGAAAACGGAUUCACGUCUUUACACUUUGCUGCCGCCCACGGCCAUAGCAGCUGUGUGGAGGUGCUGCUGAGUGCAGGAGCUGCUGUGGACUCGGUGGCGGCGGGGGGUCAGACCUCCCUCUUCCUGGCCUGUGAGGCAGGACGGCUCGACUGUGCUCAGGUCCUGCUGAGCUCAGGAGCCGAUCGCUCGCUCACUACAGCGGACGGCUGCACGGCCCUACAUGCCGCCGUGCGUUCAGGGCAUGUGGACAUGCUGCGUCUCCUCCUCUGCCACCCAACUCAGGGGGACCACACUGUGAUCCCUGACUCCCCCUCCUCCCUGGCGCUGCCUGCUGCCCUGCUGAACCAGGCCAACGGUGACGGCUGGACAUCUGCACACAUGGCUGCUGCCCUGGGCCUCAAGGACUGUCUGGAGGUGCUGUGCAGCCACAGUGAACAGGACAUCGAGAGGAGGGAUAACUGUAAUCGAACUAUUCAUGACGUGGCGACUGACGACUGCAAAGAUCUACUUGAGAACCUCAAUUCAUACCGGGUCCUGGUGCGCCUCCAGUGUUCCGGCGGAGGAACCGAGUCCAUGUGUCCCUUGGGGCUCGUGGAGGAGGAGGAAAAGGGUGGCUCCAGCAGUCAGUUGGUCCUAGGCAGAGUGACUGUUGACCGAUCGAUGCGAUGGGCCCAGCUCAGUGCUGUCCUCAGCGAUGCCUUCACCUCCCACCUCCAGAUCGUCUGUGGACAGUCUCAGAUGGCCGGAGAAGAGGCACAGCGCCCCCCACUAGGACUGGGUCCCACCAGUAUCUCCUCCAUCCUUAUAGGUGAUACUGAGUGGGUGCCAGGCCAGGAGCUGCCCCUGUCUCCCUGGGAUCUGGUCAGGAAGCCUCUCAGCCAGUGCAUCACCAUCCGCCUCAAAGAUCUGUCUGAGUCGUGUCUCGAUGAGUCGGCUCUGGAAUCCCUCUUCCCCCUGCCGCUGCUGCACAACUGCGUCCGCCUGGUGGAGCAGUACGGCAACCUCAUCUUUCACGGGCUGGAGGGAAGCUGUCAGGAGUACAUCGCCAAUAUGGUUGCUCAAUGCAUCAAGUCCAAGCAGGAGGCGGCGGGGCUCGGCUGUGACGUGGUGAGGGUGGAGGUGGAGGAGAGCCUGACCAAAGAGCAGCUGCUGGAGACUUUCAUCACCUGUGGUUUCCUGAUGCCGGUGGUGGGUUCAGGGGUCGGGAUACCAGCUGGUCACGCCGGCCGCUGUGUUGUUGUCCUGCUGGAGGGACUGGAGAAGGCUUCAUCCCUAACCGGCCUGCUGGGAGACCUCUGCCACAGUUUGGACAACAGGGGCUCUGCCUCCCCUCUGGUCCUGAACACAGGUCCCCACCACUUCCGCGAGGGCGACUUCUUGAUUGCCACAUUGUCGAAGCCUCGCCUGCAGGGAUCUGAGCUUCGCCUCCAGCAGCAUUUCCGCUGGGUGACUUUCCGCUGGGACCAGGAGCCACUGCACGGCCUGCUGGGAAGACACCUCCGCAGGAAGCUGCUUCAUAAGGUGGGAACCGGCGUCUGGUCGCCCGACGGCCUCAUGGAGCGUUCAGUGCUGUGGGUGAGCCAGGUUUGGCAACAGCUCAACGCCUGCCUGUCCCGUCUGGGGACCCUGGAGGCUCUGCUGGGCCCUCAGCUCUUUCUGUCUUGCCCCGUGGUCCUGAACAACACACAGGCCAUCGUCAGGUGGCUGGCGCGUCUCUGGAACGCCGUGGUCGUCCCCCGUGUGGAGGAAGCCAUCAUCUCCCGGGUAACAGCCAGCCGCUCCGCCAUCUCUCCCUCCUCGCCCCCUGCGUCACAGCGGCCAUCUCCUAGCAACUGUGGGCUGAGUGCCGGGCAGCAGGCUGUGGUGAAAGCCGCCCUCAGCAUCCUGGUCAACAAGGCUGUUCUCCUGGGCUGCCCACUGCCUCGUCACGAAAUCGACAGAUACCUGCUGGAGUUCCGCGGCGGCCAGUUCCCUCUGUCAGCCAUCGGAUCCUAUAAAGGAAGCGGCAGCGGGGGAGGAAGGAGGGGACGGGACAGCGGCAAGUUGAGACGAUCCAACACCAGCCCCAGGAAGAAGGGAAGCCCCGCCUUAAACUGGAGCUGCGGUGGCUCCUUCAGAGAGGGCUCAUUGUCUAGCACCGAUGUCAGCUUCACUAAUGGCAGAGUCCGGAGGGAGCCUACAGGUCUGUCUGUUUUUUCUGAUGAUGAAACAGAUUUGAUCAGAGAGCUUCAGACCAUGUGCUCCAGCAAGUCAGAGCCAGACAUCAGCAGGAUCUCUCAGGCCAAAGACGAAUUGAUCCUGUUCUCCAGCUCUCCCAGUGAAGCCCUGGCUACGCAAAAGGCAGAGCAGGGAACCGCAGUCCAGCAGCAGCAGCAGCAGCAGCAGCCUCACACGACUGUCGCCAGUCGGUCCAGCCGAAGCUCCAGCCAGGCCGCCGUCCAGAGCAGCGACCGGCGCUCAGGCCCUCGCGUCAAAUCGCAGCUUCCCGUCCCCA